CCGCGCUGGCUCCUCCCCGGGCCGCGGCCGCGGAGGGCGGAGCGGAGCGGCGCCGCCGCCGCGCAGAGCAGCAGCAGCAGCGGCAGGAACGGGGCGGCAGCCGAGCCCCGAGCCCGCGGCCGGGAGCCGAGCGGCGGCGGGAGGCGGCCCGGGGGCGGCGUUCCUUUUGGGGAACCUGGAAGACCCUUCAGUAGAGCUGCUAACACUGAUGAGAGAUCUUUUAUGCCAAGGUGGUUGCUCUCUGAACAGCCCACACCAUGCGUGAGUACAAGCUGGUGGUCCUCGGCUCAGGAGGUGUGGGCAAGUCCGCUCUGACUGUUCAGUUCGUUCAGGGAAUUUUUGUUGAAAAAUAUGACCCAACAAUAGAAGAUUCAUACAGAAAGCAAGUGGAGGUAGACUGUCAGCAGUGCAUGCUGGAGAUCCUCGACACAGCAGGGACAGAGCAAUUCACAGCCAUGAGGGAUCUGUACAUGAAGAACGGGCAGGGGUUUGCACUAGUAUAUUCUAUAACAGCACAGUCCACGUUUAACGACCUACAGGACCUGAGGGAACAGAUUCUACGGGUUAAGGACACUGAAGAUGUUCCCAUGAUUCUGGUUGGCAAUAAAUGUGACCUGGAGGAAGAGCGAGUGGUGGGCAAGGAGCAGGGGCAGAACCUCGCACGGCAGUGGUGCAACUGUGCCUUUCUAGAAUCAUCCGCAAAGUCGAAAAUCAACGUCAACGAGAUCUUUUAUGACCUGGUCAGACAGAUAAAUAGAAAAACACCAGUGGAAAAGAAGAAGCCUAAAAAGAAAUCAUGUCUGCUGCUUUAGACUCCAUCCCGCAGCAGCUCUGAGCCAGAUUGCAGGAAUGAAGAACUGUUGCCUAAAUGGAAAGUGCCAGCAUUCCCAACUCCAGAACCUUAUGGAAACGAGAAACAUAUCGGAAGAAGCUUCUCCUGUUUUUUAUAUACUACGGGAAGAAUUUAGAUCUUAAAAAUGGUUUGCACACAGUCCCCAGAAAAAGCAGUUGCUCUGUGUAUAUCUCUUGGAAGUUUAAGCCAAUAUUCCUCCUCCUUUGCAAUAGCAAUUAACAGAUGUGAAAAUAAAUAUAAUUGACUCUAGCAUAUGAUUAUCCCAAGGAGCAUGGAUGCAUUUCAAAUGUUAGAGAUUGCUACUAUAAUUAAAAUUCAUAUUGACCAUUUUAUCAUAAUUUCUCCCCAUCAAGCACUAAAAAUGUUCCACUGUUAUAUUUUAUAUCUAUAACUAUAGAUAUAUAUUAUCCAAAAUUUCCCUUUGAACUCACUGCAACAAAUAACUUUUUGAGUCGUUGACUUCAUUUUAUAUUUAAAAGUUAUGGAAUAUCAUUAUUUUCAUUCUGCCAUUGUAUUCUAAUUAAAAAUGUGCAUAAUGCUUUGGAAAAAUGGGUCUUUUAUAGGAAAAAAACUGGGAUAACUGAUUUCUAUGGCUUUAAAAGCAAAAAUAUAUAAUAUACUAAACCAACUCUAAUAUUGCUUCUUGUGUUUUUCUGUCACAGACUAAAUUACAGCUUUUAUGAAUGAUUAAAUUUUAGUACAUUUUCA